AUGGAGCAGUUCAAACUACCAUCACCACUGGUGUUGACAGGCAACUUGGGUGAAAACUGGAAACGAUGGGAACAGCGCUUCCAAAUCUACAUGACCGCGAGUGGGGCAGAGGGUAAGGACGAAAACAUCAAAGUCGCCAUCUUGCUGCACGCACUAGGAGAGGAGGCUCUCGAAGUGUAUAAUACACUUAACCUUCCAGCAGAAAAGACUGUGAAAGAUGUUCUCACAGCUUUUGAAGGGUAUUGUCUGCCCAAGAAGAACACUGUAUUUGAAAGACACCAAUUUUGGGCACACCCGAUGAUAACCUCUGUCUCCAUUGAUAAAUAUGUGACAGAGCUCAGACAAAAAAGUAAGGACUGUGAGUUUGGCGCUUCGGAAAACGACAUCAUCAGAGACAAGAUUGUGUUCAUGAACAUUGACCAGCUCGAUUCCAGCCUUGACAAGUCCUGGUACUCUGAAGUACGGGUUGACAACAUGUCGGUCAGGUUCAAAUUGGAUACAGGAGCAGAGGCCAAUGUCCUACCGCUGAGGAUGUUUAAGUCCAUGAAGAGGAAGGCCAGACGUGAAAGGAGAGCACACCUGCAGCUACAGCCCACAAAAACAGUGCUAGUGGCUUAUGGCGGGAUGAGCUCAUGCAAGUCUGCCGUUUUACGUAUCAAGACACCAUCCACACCUAUCCUCGGGGGGGAGGCUUGUGAAGACUUGCACCUGGUAAAAAGGCUGGACAUCAACAAACUGGACGUGAAACAUCCAACUACAAAACAGGAGCUGAUAGCUCAACACCCAACAGUCUUUGAAGGUCUGGGGGAGUUUGCUGGAGAAUAUCACAUCCACACAGACCCCAAUGCUAGCCCAGUCAUACACGGCUGCAGAAAAAUACCACUGGCCGUGAUAGAUAAACUCAGGGACACUCUUGAUGACCUGCUACGAGCUGAUGUGAUUGCACAGGUGACUGAGCCAACAUCGUGGGUAAAUAGCCUUGUAGUCACAGAAAAGAAAGAUAAGAAGAAAUUGAGGGUUUGCUUGGACCCCACGGAUCUAAACAAAGCAAUACUAAGACAGCACUACUCCAUCCCCACAACAGAUGAAGUUUUGUGCAAACUAGCUGGUAAGAAGAUAUUCACAGUGCUAGACGAGAAGGACGGUUACUGGCAAGUAAAGCUUGACAAGGAGUCAUCGCUGCUGUGCACAUUUAACACACCGUGGGGGAGAUAUAGGUUCAAACGUCUGCCGUUUGGAAUCAAGUCAGCAAGCGAGGUUUUUCAACAGCGCAACUGUGAAACAUUCGGUGACAUACAAGGAGUACACAUCAUAGCUGACGAUAUGAUCAUCGCCGCAGCUACAGAAAAAGAACAUGAUGAGAUAAUACAGAAAGUGAUGAUCAGAGCAAAAGAAGCAAAUGUGAAAUUCAACAAAGAGAAAGUACAGUACAAGGUGAGUAGCGUCAACUACAUGGGCCACGUCGUCACUUCAGAGGGUGUGAAAGCAGAUGAGGCAAAAGUUAAAGCCAUAGCUGAGAUGCCUCCACCCACUGACAAAGCAGGACUACAGCGGAUGCUAGGCAUGACAAAAUACCUGGCGCAAUACAUCCCAGGUGAGGCCACCAUAACAGCGCCGCUGAGACAGCUGCUCAGGAAGGGCAAUAUGUGGCAGUGGCAACACGAACAUGACGAGGCAGUCAAAAAACUGAAAGAUGCUCUCACAAACGCUCCUGUGCUCAGAUUCUUCGAUCCACAGAAACAGCUCAUCAUACAGGCUGAUGCAUCUAAGGACGGCCUGGGAGCAUGCCUCUUACAAGAUGACCACCCAAUAGCGUAUGCGUCAAGGGCACUGACAGAGACAGAAAAGAACUAUGCACAGAUUGAGAAGGAGCUCUUAGCCAUAGUUUUCUCUGUCAAGAAGUUCCACCAGUAUGUGUAUGGGGUGAGGGUUAAUGUUCAGUCGGACCACAAACCAUUGGAAAACAUCCUGAGAAAGCCACUUGGAACAGCUCCCUCUAGGCUGCAGAGAAUGCUGCUACAGCUGCAGCGUUAUGACUUAAAUGUCAUCUACACGCCAGGUAAAGAGUUACUGAUUGCAGACACACUCUCACGAGCUGUGCCACACGAACAACACGUGGCUGCAGAUGAUAUCACAGAUGAGAGAGUUGUCUAUGCUCUGGAGCCGACAGACGCCUUGAGUACAGAGACUCUAGAGCAGCUCAAGAGCGAAACGAAAAAGGACAAUACACUGCAGCUAUUGCAUGAUACACACAGACUUGGUUGGCCUCGACACAGAAAACUAGUAGACUCUAGAUUGAUACAAUAUUGGCCAAUCAGACACACAGUGGCUGUGAGAGAGGGAGUAAUGUUUGCAGCAGACAGGAUAAUCCUACCAACAACUAUGAGAUCUGAGAUGCUGCAGAGGCUGCAUGUAGCUCAUCAAGGGAUACAGCGGACGAAAGCACUGGCCAGGAAACACUGGUACUGGCCAGGUAUGGCAAGAGACAUAGAACAGAUGGUCGAGACGUGUGGAGCAUGCCAGCAGUUCCAGCCCAGGAAUCAGAAGGAGCCACUGAUCUCACACGACAUCCCCGAGCUCCCUUGGCUUAAAGUGGGAGCCGACAUCUUUGAAAUCAGAGGUCAGUCAUUUCUGCUGAUAGUGGACUACCUCUCAAAAUACCCAGAGGUAUUGAACAUUAAAGACAAAACAUCACACACUGUCAUCAACAAGAUGAAAUCGGUCUUCUCGCGGAUUGGAAUACCAAAAGAGAUUGUGUGUGACCAUGUUCCAUUUGCAAGUCAGGAAAUGAGAAGCUUUGCAGAGUCAUGGGGCAUAAAACUCACUCAUUCCAGUCCAGGUUAUGCACAAUCAAAUGGACUAGCAGAAAGAACAGUGAAAACGGUGAAACGCGUGCUGAAGAAAGCACAACAUACAAACACUGACCCCCAUCUUGCACUUCUCACCCUGAGGAACACACCUGUGACAGGCAUGGAGUAUUCCCCAGCACAGAUGCUCAUGGGCAGAGUCCUUAGAAGCACUCUACCAACCUCCAGCACUAUUCUUCAGCCUGCCGUACCUAAAGAAGUACAUUCAACUCUCCAGAAUCUGCAAACAAGGCAGCAGCAAUACUACAACAGAGGAGCAAAGCGGCUUCCAGAGCUGCAGCCUGGGAGUACUGUUCACAUGGAGACACCGCAAGGCUGGCGUCCAGCAGUGGUCACGGCACAGAGGGAUGAGCCAAGGUCCUAUGACAUAUUGACAUCUUCUGGUCAGCACUAUAGACGCAAUAGACGCCACCUGAGGAGAACAACACACAGCACCCAGAUGAACUCAGAAACAGACUCAUUAGAUGAUGAGCAGGUCAGCACACCAGAUGCAGGUAAAGCAGAUAGUGUUGACAUCGAGCUCUCAUCCACAUCACAGCCAUCUCAAACCAGAUGUGGGCGACUCGUUCGACCACCUGAGAGGUAUAAAGACUUUGUGAUGAGCCAACGGCAAAGGUCAUCUCCUAACUGA